UUGUAUUGAAUGAAGCUGCAUUCAUAAAAAAGGACAACGGUUCUUUGAUGUAAAUCCUUCGCCAUGUGUUGCCUAUUAAGUUAGGGUAAUACAUAACUAUUAUUUAUCUCACUCCUAGAGCGAGCGUAAUUUUAUUUGAUCUCUGACAAAUAACUGCAUCCAAUCAGUUAUGCAUGAAUCGCCACCGUGAUAGUUCCAUUCGUUUUUUUUCUCUCCAUGUCCAUCAUUCAGUAAAGUCAAUUGCUUUAACAGUAUUCAGCUCAUUCACCCGUACCCGAUCAGCUGCAUUAAUCCGCAUUAGUUGUGCAAAAUAAAUGCUGCAUAAUGCGAUUGACACACAUUUAUUGUGCACAAACGUUCCAUUUAUCUACCUUUAUCUGCCAAAAGCUGCAGAACGCCAACAGCGCUCACACGCGUUCGUUCAUUACAUUUCGUAACCAACUCACUAUCGCCAAAGAAAAAAAAAGGGCCAAUUGGUAUUGGGGGGCCAUUUUUAUGACAUCCCAAAAUCACCGUUUAUCAUCUUUCACGUGAGAGACGGACCACCUUUAUUGGGCCAAUCAGCGUCCCAUGCCACAGUGCAGCGCUAUUUUUGCGCAUCGAAAAACAAUUUUCCCUGCCCGGGUCAUCCUAUCGCUGUACACAAUCGCGGUCCGGCUGAUUGCAACUUCUUCGGUCACAAAACUAUCGAAAAGCGAAAUUUUGAACGCACCAAUCGAAUUCAAUCGACCGAUCACCGAUAGAUAUGACGUUUCGUUAUACUGAAGUGGCAUACAGCAGAAGCCCAUCAUUUGAAGGCACAAUUAAGAGCUUCAUGUGGCGAGGUUUUGCUUUUAUCAACAGCUUAAAGGCCCAAGGUGUGACGCUAACUCGCGGUGCACAUCUUCGUAACCGUUUGCCAAACAAUAAUUGACUAAUCUCGACAUUACUGCCAAAUGGAUGGCUUAUUUUUUGCCCUCUUUCGUCAAUCUUCCUUUCGAUAACCAAUGGGUGUGACAAGCCUUUCCGUUCCUAGGGUAUGAGGAUGUGUGUCGAAAGCAGCAGCACAUCAUUUCCAUUCCGGUCCCUCAGAUACCUCGACUUUUGGAGCUUUUCGCUCACACAGUUGCUUUAAUAAUCGAUGAAAAAUACAUCACUUUUCGGGUCACAACGUUAUCGUGCUGGAAGUUGGUAAAAUGACGGUAAAAAAAAAACAAAACACAUUUCAUGUCCUCCAUUGCACUAAUCUGUUGUCAUGUUUUGCUUCUGCCGUGAUAUGCGAGCAUUUUCAUCAUCAACCAUCGCUCGUGGUGAUCGUGUUAGGCACGUGUGUAAGGCUGUAUCCGGAUGGGACAGAAAGAGUCGCACAGAGACCGAUCCAAAGGAGAAUGAAUGAGCGAGAUGCCACGAAAACAACGCAUACAAUCGGUCGAGACGCGGUCUCGUCUCGAAGUGGAAAACUCUUGUGCGUCGAUGGAAAAUUCGGGCGCGGUAUAAAUUGAUUACGAUCCACGGUGGGAAGCAUCAUUCGCUAGCGAUCGUUCGUACCAUCCCAAUCGUGUGAACGUUUCAAAUUGAGUUUUCGCAAUUUUUCGACAUUCAACUGUGCAGUGUACUUCCAUAUUGGCAUAUCCAACUUAACAAAGCAGAAGGUUGCAAUUGAACCUAAUUAUGAAGACGUUCAUUGUGUUGAGUCUGACGGUGGCACUGGUGGUCGGUGCCAGCCUGGACAAGUCCUCGGCCAAGGAAGCACAGGAUCGUAAACUGGACGAACAGUCCAAGAACCACGGCAAGCGUGGAUUACUUGAUUACGGUUACGGUUAUGCCAAGCAACCAGAACUGCAGGGUGGUUUCAAGCCUUCCUUCGGAUACGAUAUCACCGUGAACGAGCAUCAUGUUCCACAGUUUAAAACCUAUGCUGCUCCAGACUACCAGCAGAACCAGUACGCUCCGUUCCAUAAGGAACCUUCCGUCUACAACUGGAAGGAGGAGAAGCACACCAUCAUCACGAAGAAAGUCCCCGUUCCGUACCCGGUGAAUGUGGAGAAGCAGGUGGUCAUCGAGAAGAAGGUCCCGGUGCAUGUGCCGGUUAAGGUGCACGUGCCGUAUCGCGUGGAGGUGGAGAAGAAGGUACCGGUGUACGUCGAGAAAAAGGUCCAUGUCGAUCGUCCUGUGCCGUAUCCGGUUAAGGUGAAGGUCCCGGUGUACCAUAAGGUGGAAGUCGAAGUACCCAAACCAUACCCGGUGCACAUUCCCAAACCAUACCCGGUGUACAUCGAAAAGGAGGUCCACGUCCCGGUCGUACAUCGGGUGGAGGUUGAGAAGCCGUACCCGGUGUAUGUGGAGAAACCUGUGCUGGUGGAGCAGGUUGAAGCGCUUGAGCAUGAACACAGCCAUGAACAUGAGCAGAGCCACGAGCUACACAGCCACGAGCUGCAGAGUCAUGAGCAUAGCCACGAGCAUAGUCAUGAGCAUAGCCAUGAGCAUAGCCAUGAACAGGAACAUACCGUACACCACAACAUUCGCCCAGUUGGGAUCAAGUCGACCGAUUUCAUCUCCGAACCUAUCCAUGUCCCGGAACACGAACAUCAGUACGGUGAGGAGUCGCAGAAGAUCGAGCGCAAGGUGGAGAGCAAUCAGAAGUCAACCACUGAUGCUGCCAGCGAACAAUCGAAAGAGACGGAAAAGCCCACCGAUAAGGAAUCCUCUCAAUAAUCCGUUGUUAGUUUAGUCAUCUAGUAUCACAUUCAUUUUCUGCGCAACAACAAAAA